GGUCCACAGGCAGGGUAGGGCGGUUUCUCACCUGCUGUGUGAAUUUUAGCGUGAAGUAGAGACAACUGGCCCACCCCAGCCUCAGGACGCCUCCUUGAAGAAACACAGUUGGAGCAGAAUCCUCAACAUGUAUUAUGAAUUAUUCUUGACAUUUUUUAUUCUUGUAAUUAAAAGCAUCUCAGAACAAAUUUGUAGCUCACGUUCCCACAUUAAUGUGGUAGAAGGGGAACCAUUUUAUCUGAAAUAUUGCUCAACUUCACUUUCACAAAAGAAUAAAACACACCCCACAAGAUGGUUCAAAAACAAUGGAUUAUAUGGAUGGGUUGAGCUGAACACCAGCAGUUCACCCAGAAUCACUUUGCAUGACGAUGUUUUGGAGUUUUGGCCAGUAGAGUUGGAUGACCAGGGAUCCUACAUUUUUCAAGUAGGACAUGAUACUGGGGAAUGGACAUUAAAUGUCAUCAAAAGAAACAAACACAGCUGUUUUAAUGAAGAACAUGUACUAAAUAAGCGCAUAGAAGUUCACAAAUCUUUGCAGAUAACUUGUGAUAACACACUCUAUGCAAAGCAGAUCAACAGAACAUCAUUGUAUAAGAACUGUGAAAAAAUAUCCCAAAGCAAUAAAAACCCUUCAAUACAGAAGAAUGCUGAGUUUAGAGAUGAAGGGAAUUACUCCUGUGUGUUUUUUCUCUAUCAUAAUGGAAAAUUGUACAACAUUACGAAGACUUUCAUUAUAACAGUAGUUCCAGAACACAGUAAAGUAAUUCCAGCUGUGUUGGGACCAGAGUUCAGCUAUGUUGAAGUGCAACUAGGAAAAGAUGUAGAGCUCAUCUGCUCUGCUUUACUUAAUGAAGAUGAUACUUUUUAUUGGAACUUCCAUGAUGAUAAUGUCCUACAUCCUAAUGUACAUGAAGAGCAGUCAAUGAGAACUUGGAUUUCAGAAGGCAAGCGACAUGCUUCAAAAACCUUGAGAAUUGAAAAAGUUACAGAAAAUAAUCUCAAUUUUUUAUAUAAUUGCACAGUGACCAACCCAGAAGCCACAGACACAAGAAGCUUCAUCCUGAUAAGAAAAGGCAUGACUGAUAUUCCAGGCCACAUGUUCACAGGAGGAAUAGUCAUGGCAGUUGUCCUCUCAGUGGCAGUGGUGUGCUCAGUGAUUUUGUGUAUCAUUUAUAAAGUUGACGUGGCUCUAUUUUAUAGACGUUUAGUGAAGAGAGACGAAACAUUAACAGAUGGCAAAACAUAUGAUGCUUUUGUGUCUUACCUAAGAGUGUGUCAUCCUGAGCAUGGAGAAGAAUACACCUUUGCCGUGGAGACUUUACCAAAGGUGCUGGAGAAACACUUUGGGUAUAAAUUAUGCAUAUUUGAAAGAGAUGUAGUACCUGGAGGAGCUGUUGUUGAGGAAAUCCACUCAUUGAUACAGAAAAGCCGAAGGCUUAUCAUCAUCCUGAGUGAAACGUUCAUGUCAAACGAAGCUAGGUUUGAACUUGAGAGCGGACUCCAUGAAGCACUAGUAGAAAGGAAGAUCAAAGUCAUCCUCAUUGAAUUUAUGCCUGUUAGGAACUUUACGCUGUUGCCUCAAUCAUUAAAGCUUUUGAAAUCACACAGAGUUUUGAAGUGGAAGGCCCAAGAGUCUCUUCCAUACAACUCAAGGUUUUGGAAAAAUCUGCUUUACUUGAUGCCUGCAAAAGCCACCAAGCCAAGUGGAAUAGAAUUGGAAGUUAUGCCAAUUCUGCCAACACCUUGA